AUGAGGCGAAGCCCGCAGCCAUCCCGGGGCCGCAGGGCCGCGGAGACGGACCAGCCCGGCGCCCGGACCAGGUCGCUGGACCGGGAGGCCGAGCCCCUGGGCCCCGGCCCGGCCUUGGCUGCGUCCCAGCAUGCCAAGAUCAUCUCCCGCCAGCUCCACGAGAUCCGGCGGCUGGAGGCGGAGCUGGCCGGGACGCGCGCCACCGCCCUCCAGCAGGAGGCGACAGGGGCCCCCCGCGCCAGCACCGUCGCCCGCCUGCAGGCAGAGGCUGAUGGCCUCAGGACGGAGCUGGGGGCCCUCCGGGUCCAGAGCCAAGUGGAAGCCGACGCCCUGAGGGCGGAGCUGGAGACUCUCCAGGGGCGGAGCCGAGCAGAGGUGGAUGCCCUCAGGGCGGAGCUAGCGGGGGCCACCGCGCGGCAGGUGCAGGUGCAGGAGGUGGCGGCCGCGCAGGGGGAGCUGCGGGCGGCGCUGCAGGAGCAAGAGGCUGAGACCCAGCAAAUGAGGGAGCGCCUGCAGGGGGCGCUGGACCAGCACCGGGUGGAGCUGUGCCAGCUGUCCGCAGCCCACGGGGCAGAGCGGGGCGCCCUGACGCAGCAAGCCCGUGAGCUGCGGGAGGAGCUGGAGGCCCGGGGACAGGAGGCCGCCCGUCUGGAGCAGCAGCGAGACGCGCUCCAGGAGCAGCUGAGUGUGGCCAAGGCUGAGCUGGCCUCCCAGAAUGCUUUGCUGCAGCAGCUGCGAGCCGACCUGUGCGAGCAGAACAGCCCCCCUCAGGAGCGCCUGCAGCAGGCGGAGGCAGAACGGGAUGCUCUGAGGACCGUGGUGGAGCUGCUGCAGGUCCGACUGGCUGCGCUGGGCGACAUCCUGGCCCUGCAGGAGGCAGAGCUGACGCGGAAGCCCUGGGACCCCCUGCAGCCUGAGGGGGCCCUGAAGGCCCAGGCCCUGCUGAGCCGCUGGCGGGAAAAAGUUUUCGCCCUCAUGGUGCAGCUCAAGACCCAGGAGCUGGGCCAAGCCGAAGCCACUGGCCUGCUCCGCAGUAAGGUGUCAGAGCUGGAGGGCGAGGUGGCGCAACGGGACCAGCAGGUCGCGUUGCUCUUGCACAGUUUGCAGGAGAAGACAGCUGAGGCCGACAUGGAGAGAGUGAAGAGCAAGACGCUCCAGGCUGACCUGUCCCACAGCAAGGACUCAGGGCAGCGCCAGCAGCUCCGGGCAGAAGCGGCUGAAGGCGCCUUGCAGGGCCUGGUGGAAGCUGUGAGGAGUCUGCAGCAGCAGGUCGGGCAGCAAGAGGGGGAGCUGCGGGCGGCCGUCUCGCGCCUAGCUGGUCUGGGUGCUCGUGUUGGCUUCGCUGCCAGGAGAGUAGACGCCAUCCAAGGGCUCGUCUCCCAGAAAGUGGCCUUGGCUCGACUGCAGCGGGAAGAACCACCCAGGGCUGCCAGCCCAGAGCCAGAUAUCCCCUUCCAGGAGGCUCUGCAGGUGGAGCUGGCCCAGCUGCACCAGGAGCGGGACCACUUGGCUGCUGAGCUGAAGCGCGGGGCCCAGGCUGUAGAGAGAAAGAUGGCUGAGGCCCGGGAAAAAGCGGGGCGCGAACUCCAGGAGGUGGCCGACAGCCUGCGGCAAGUGCUGGAGGAGAAGGAGGCGGUGGAGCAGGAGUGCCAGGAGCUGCAGGGGUGGCUGGAGACGGCGCGCCAGGAGCUGCACAACAGCCAGGAGGCGGCAAAGGGACUGAAGCAGCAGUUGGCGCAGCUGCGGGGGGAACACGAGCGAGUCUUGCAGGAGAAGGUGGCCCAGGUGGAGACGCAGCUCCGUGGGGACCUUGCUGAGGCUGAGAAGCAGCUCAGCGAGGCGCGACGGGAGCACACAAAGACAGUUGUGGCCCUGCGCCAGGCUGAGCGCCAGGCUGCUCGGGACAAGGCCCGGAGCCAGGAGUUGGCGCGGCUCCACGACGAAGCCCAGAAGGAAGAGAUAACUCGGCUGGGCACUCGCCUACGGGAGCUGGACAGGGACAGAAACCUGCUGAUGGCCACCCUGCGGCAGGAGGGGCUCCUGGCCCAGUUCAAACGUAGCCGAGUGGCGGCACGGAAGCUGCCAGGGGAGCAGCAGGGGCCCGGCCUGGACGCAGCACUGGGGUCCUCCGGCUUGCAGCCACCUUCCCAAGCAUCCCUGGCUGCCCUUCUGGACGACCUGCAGAGCCUGGGCACGGCCCUGCUGCGGGAGGAGGAGGAGGAGGCAGCCACAGCGGUUGAGGAGCCUGGUACUGAGGACACCUAGCUCCCAGCACGUCCAGGUAGCACCAAGCUGGGAGGAUCGAACUGGCCUUUCCUGUGUCGAUUAAAGAGGGUUUUCUUGAAGCACCAGUGUGUCUGGUGCUCAUUUUCUCAGUGAGACCUGGCAGAGGACCCAGGCCUCCAGCCAUCCUCUCCUUCCCUCACAGCUCGCCCCAGUGGAUCACAGCCGGGUGGGCGUGGGGGGUCCCACGUGCUCUGGACCUGGUGUCAGAUGAGAUGCUAGUUGGAGGGGGGAUGGAUCCAGCUCCCAGGUGCUGUCUGCCGCCUGUCCUCUGCUCCUGCCCUAUUCCCCUCCCUGAGGGCUCCUGUCUCCCCACUGCUGGCGCAGGGGACGACACCCGCCUGGCUCAGCUAGGGCAGACGUGCAGGGAAUUCUGCGUAGCGAGGUCCUGAGGGCAGGGAGCUGCGUGGACAUUCCCACGAGCCCUGAGGAGGUGGCGGAGAGGCAGAAAGGAACCCCGCAGGGCAGGGGAGGGGGACUGGCAGCUGAGGAGAGGUAGCAGCUCUGAUGGAAGCUGCAGUGGAGCCUGGGGCUAGCGCUGGAGAUGUGGCGCCCAAGUGUUUUGCAUGUGAGAAAAUCUCCAGCCUGAUUUGUUCAGACAUGGAACCUGAAUCCACCUCUGAGCUGCUGGCCCCUGGGAUCUCCACAUGGGGUGGGCACUGGGCAGGGGAGCCUGUGCCCUUUUGUGGUCCUGAGGACAGCCUGGGUGGCAGCCAGCAGGUUUGGGGUCCCAAGGGCAGCUGAGAGAUAUCUAGGGAAGGAAGGACUGUUGUUUCUGGUGCUGUGGUAUGAUAGGAAGUGUUUCCGUGGGUUCCCAGCCCCACUGAGGGUUGUCUCUGAAGCCAGCAGCCAGCUUUUGUCUUGCAGCAAACCCCAAACUUCAACUGAUCAGCUCCUCAGCCCCCGCUGCAACCUGUGACCUGCUCCGUUUAACACUUUGCCUCAGAACAAUCAUGCCUAAUGCCAUUUAAACCUGAUGUGUACGUGGCUGUGCCAGUCUGUCUGAUAGGAGUCUUAUUCCAGCUUGCUCAGGGCCACCUCCAGGUGGUGGUCUGUUUUCAGUCUGACCUGUCCCCUGCAGCCUGUAACUUGUCCUGAGCUUUGACUCUCAACUGCUUUUGAUGUGGAAACAGGCCUCUAGGCUGCAUGUGUAAGGGACUGUCCUGAAGGGCAAUGAACAUGAAUUAGCCCUAGCAGUGUUAUCCGGGUCCUUCAUCGGUACUUAGGGCGGGACGAUGAGUUUGUGCCUCCGCAGAAUCCCAGAAUAAAAGGCUGUAUCCCAGGGAAGCUGGUUGU